CUAAAUGUCGACAAAUAGUGAUGCGACAACUGUACGUCGAUUAUGUUAUUGUGGAGUACCUGCACGUGUAAGGUACGCUUGGACUACGUCUAAUAGCGCUAGGAAGUGGUAUGGGUGUGAAAACUACAAGAGAGAUGGUGAUUGUGAUUUUUUCGCAUGGGCUAAUAACGAGAUGUCGCCAUAUGAGGUGAAAGUAAUGGAACAUUUCAAACGCAUGGAGGAUAGACACCAAGCAGAUAUUGAUAGACUUGAGCAGUUGAUUGAAACAAAAUGUAAUGAUCAAUAUGUCAGACUUAGGCAGGAGCUGGGGCUGCAUCAAUCUAAUUGGAAGAUGUCUCGAGCAGUGAUAGUAGUAGUCAUUUUGCUUUUAGUUUUUUAUCUUAGUGGCUAUGGUCAACCUAGAGGUACUUACUUGAUGUUAAAUUGAAAGUGGUUGAAUUUAAUGUUUUGUAAUUUUGUUGUGGCCAUUAGUGGCUAUGGUCAACCUAGAGGUACUUACUUGAUGUUAAAUUGAAAGUGGUUGAAUUUAAUGUUUUGUAAUUUUGUUGUGGCCAUUAGUGGCUAUGGUCAACCUAGAGGUACUUACUUGAUGUUAAACUGAAAGUGGUUGAAUUUGAUGUUUGUAAUUUUGUUGUAGACAUUAGUGUGAUU